ACUCACAGCCUGAAACCCUAAUUUAUAAAAUUUCCAAAUUUCACAAAAAAAUCCUCAAUUCUUAAAAAUCCCCAAUUCUCUUAAAAAUUCUUUGAAAUUCUGAUCAAUCAAUCAAUGGUAGCUGAAGGAGAUAUUGUUUGUCAUCAUCAAAGCAUCCAAGUAUUGGAUGUUCAGUAUCGAUGUAUUUCUUCUAAUUCUAAUUCUAAACCUAAUAAUCAUAAUCAGAAAAUUGAAGAAAUCGUUGAAGAAAUUGUUGAAGAAAUCGUUGAAAUUUCCACCCCUUCUUCAUCGUCCUCCGUGUAUCAGCAAAUUCGAGCUUCUGUCUCAAUUCCAACCGAAAAUUCACGUCGUGAAGUGGCCCGUAAGACCUCUGAUCUCAAAUCAGAUGGUUCCUUGGGAUCGUCUGUUGUUCAAUUUAUGCCAACCAUCCAUUCUGGCAGUUUUUCUGAUAUUGGGCUACGGAGAUUUAUGGAAGAUGAGCAUAUAAUGAUUGAUGACCUAUCAUCUCAUUUUGAUUCAGUCUUCAAGUUUCCGAUGCCGAGUGCAUUUUACGGGGUGUUUGAUGGCCAUGGAGGUGCAGAGGCAGCAGCAUAUAUGAAAGAAAAUGCACUUAGAUUCUUUUUUGAGAAUGCUGAUAUUCCACAGACUUACGUGAGUGAUGAUGACGAUAAUUUAGUAGAAGAGGUAGUGAAUUCGUUCCGGAGAGCAUUUCUUUUGGCAGAUGAUGCUUUGGCUGACGACUGCAAUGUGAGCAGUUCAUCAGGAACAACAGCUAUUACAGCCCUGGUCCUGGGAAGACGUUUACUUGUGGCAAAUGCUGGUGAUUGUCGUGCUGUUCUGAGCCGUAAAGGGAUAGCCAUCGACAUGUCUCAAGACCACAAGCCCAUCCAUCCACCAGAGCGAAGACGGAUAGAGCAGCUUGGUGGGUAUGUUGACGAUGGGUAUCUGAAUGGAGUACUAUCAGUAACCCGGGCUCUUGGCGAUUGGGACAUGAAAUUCCCCAGGGGUUCCCCCUCACCUCUCAUAGCAGAGCCAGAGUUCCGCCAGGCCAUCCUCACAAAGGACGAUGAGUUUCUCAUAAUUGGAUGUGACGGUCUGUGGGAUGUAAUGACCAGCCAACAAGCAGUCAGUUUUGCACGUCGCUGUCUUAGAAGGCAUGAUAGUCCACAGCAGUGCGCCAGGAACCUUAUUAAGGAGGCACUUAGGCUCAACACAGGGGAUAACCUUACCGUGAUUGUGAUUUGCUUUUUGGAUAGCAGGGAAAUGUUUCCAUCCCCACCAAGACAACGCAAGGGUAGAUGGUGUUUUUCUACCGAGGCCUUGUUUACCUUAGGGUGCCACAUGGAUGCAAACGACAGCAAAAAUUGAUACUGAUUCCGAGAAUGUAUUAGGAGGGUGCUGUUACAACUGAGAUGGAGAAAUAUGUUAUUGCUGUUUUUGGCUGCUUCAGCUGUUAUGGGAGUUCUAGAGAAAAAGCAACCAACAUUUUUGUAGGAAGGGGACAUGGAUUCCAUUGAAUUCAACUUAAGGAGACACUAAAUUAAUAGUGAUAGGAUUCAUUAGCUCAUUUAUUUUGUUGUAGCAGUAUUUAUCAUUGCCAGUUCAUCUAAAUGUAAAUACUGUUGAAUUAGGUAAGUGAGUAGUGAGUUAUUCAGGAGAUUUUAGGGCAGCUAGGCACAGGUUAGUCAUCUUAGGAGUAGCAGUUGAGAUUUUUAAAUUAGUAAUAGUAUUUGUAAUGAUAUGCGGAUGCCCCCAUUGAUGAUUGACCUUGUCAAAAAUAAAAUUAGUAUUAAUUUCAAAUUGGCUUUGUUUUUGUGUGUUA